AUGACAUACGCCGCCAAAGUCAUAGCAAUCCCCGAACUCCUCGAACAGAUCCUCUUCCACGUUCCUCUCCCCGAUCUCAUGAUCCGCAUCCAGAGCGUGAACAGGUACUUCUACAUCAUGAUAACCACCUCUCCUCUCCUCCAACAUAAGUUGUUCUACUCCUCAACCCGCAACCCGUUUUUAUACAAUCAUUCCAAUACCAUCAUCCCCAAUCCUCUCUUCUACCCUUCAUUUCACGCCUACGUCUCUUCUUCUCGAAAAGUAUGGAUCACGUCUCCGGAGCUCCGACCAUUAGAGCUUGCUGAAUUGGGUGUUGGAAGAAGGGGUAUGCUACGAAGGGGAUUCAGGUGGUCAGAUGCGAGCUGGAAAAAUAUGUUAGUGAGUGUACCACCGGUCAAGGAAUUAACGAUCCAUUCAAAGGUUGGACAAUGGGUCUUAAGAAGCGAGACUGGAGUUCGGAUGGGGAUGUUGGAUUGGGAAUUGCUUAGGGAUGUGUGGGGGAGUCUGGAUGUGCAAGGAGAGGUGGGCGUUUUGAGAUGUGGAGAUGCGGAGAGGUAA